AUUCUCUCUUCAGGCUUUCAGGUCUGUUGCAGCCAUGUUGGUUUUCUCUUGGUCUCUCGUGACCCUUCUGCUGGUGUCCUCUUCCUGGGCUGAGGAAGAGGUUGCUACCCUUGAGGAGGACACAGCCAGGGAGCUUUCUGUUGGUGAACUGCUGGAGAGAGCCAACAGAGACCGCACCCCUGACUUAGAUGAGCCCAUCCUGAUUGAAGGAGACAUCGCUGUCAAGUCUUUGGCUGACAGAAACGCCGACCCCUGCACCGCCAGAGGCUGCCUGUGGCAAAAGUGGUCAGAUGGGAAGGUCUACAUCCCCUACUAUAUCGCCAACCACUACUCCUCCCGUGAGCGGGCCAUCAUCGUUCGUGGACUGGAGUCUUUCUCUGCAGUUUCCUGCAUCCGUUUCAGACCCUACCAGAACGGUGAUCAUGAGUGGCUGAGCAUUGAGUCCAGGGACGGCUGCUACUCCUGGGUGGGUCGUCAGGGUGGAGGUCAGACUGUGUCUCUGAGCCGUCAGGGCUGCCUGUACCACAGCACCGUCCAGCAUGAGCUGCUCCACGCCCUCGGCUUCAACCAUGAACAGACUCGUUCCGACAGGGACAAUCACAUCAGGGUGUUAUGGGAAAACAUCAUCGAUGGCAUGGCGUACAACUUCGACAAGAUUGCCACUCUGAACCAGGGAACUCCUUACGACUACAACUCCGUCAUGCAAUAUGAGAGGUACGCCUUCUCCAAGAACAACCGUCCCACUAUGUUGCCCAUUCCCGACAACAACGUUUCCUUCGGCCAGGCUACCCAGAUGAGCAGGAACGACAUUGAGAGGCUGAACAGGCUGUAUCAGUGCUAAACUGCACGUGACCUUUGACCUGCCGUCCUGACAACAUCAGAGCACGCUGAUGAAGCAGAUGUGGGCGGUGGCAGUUUAGAUUGUCCUGUAACAACAAACCUGCAAACUUCAAAAGCAUUAAAUGCUGAUUGCUGCCUGACUGUUUCAUGAAAUGGCAAGGAACACAGGCACUUUGUAGAUUCUGGAGAUGUAAAUGAGACUCUUUAUUUCAAAUACGAUCUCAUUUUAUUUUCAUAUCACAUGAAAAUCAAUCAUCGAUGUUACAGUUUGAUGGCUUUUGAUCAAAAAAUAAAGCUCUCUCUUCUCCUACAAUUCA